AUGACCUUUUCCGUGGCUCUGCUCUGCGUGUCCGACACCGCUGCUGCCGUGCCCUCGUCCGACCGCUCCCUCCCGCUCCUGCACGACAUCCUCACUUCGCAGCCGAACGAUGCCUACCGAGUCGUUGCGCAAGGCAUCGUGCCCGACGAGACGGCCGAGAUCGUCGAGAACGUCAGGACAUGGGUGCACAUGGGCGUCGACCUGAUCUUGACGUCUGGCGGGACUGGCAUGGGAACUCGCGACCGCACUCCAGAGGCCAUCGCACCUUUGAUCGACAAGCCCGCCCCAGGCCUCGUCGUCGCAAUGCUCACUUCCUCCCUCGCCAUUACCCCUCUUGCCGCCCUCUCUCGCCCCGUCGCUGGAAUCGCCCAUUCGCCUUCAGGCGACGGGACCGGCUCCAUCAUUGUCACUCUCCCGGGCAGUCCAAAGGCAGCCAAGGAGAACCUCGAGUGCCUGCUCAAGGUUCUGCCGCAUGCGCUGGAAUUGGCGGGAGGCGCAAGAAGCCGGACGACCGCGGUUCACGAGCGGUUGCAGAGGGGAGAGGACGGCAUGAAGGGUAUCCAGGAGGCUGUCGUACAGCACAAGCACCGACACGAGGCGCCCGAACCGGCCGCUCACUCGCAUGCGCACCCUCACACCCACUCGCAUCACGGCCACUCGCACGAGCACGGCCACCACGGCCACCAUGCUCCUCGUCCUCGGACACUCGUGUCUCAAGAUCCGUCCUCAGCGAUCGCAUCUCGGCAACGCAAAUCACCGUGGCCGCUGAUCUCCGUUCGCGACGCCCUCUCGCUCAUCUUCCAGCACACGCCCAUCUCCCCUGUCCAGACGCUCACGGUCGAGCCGUCUCUCGUCGGCCACGUCCUCGCAGACGACGUCUUCUCCAGCAUCAACGUUCCCAAUUUGCCGUCGACGAACAUCGACGGGUACGCUUGCGCUGCGGCAUUGUCCCCGCCAGGCGUCUACAAGGUCGUGACCAGCUUCCCUACCUCGCCGCUACCCGAAGGCACCGUCUACCGGAUCAACACCGGCGCGCCCGUCCCGCCCGGUCUCGACGCCUGCAUCAUGGUCGAAGACACGGAGGUCGUCUCGCGCGACGAAUCUGGCGAGGAGAAGGAAGUCAGGUUCCUUGCGCAGGUCGAGAAGGGUGAGAACGUGCGGCGGGAAGGCAGCGAUGUCAAGACGGGCGAGAAAGUGCUGAGCAAGGGAGAUGUUAUCAGCAGCGUUGGCGGAGAGCUGGGAACGCUUGCGUUUGUCUGCAAGCGAUCGGCUCAAGUUCAUCGCCGCCCGACGGUCGCCGUUCUCUCGACCGGCAACGAACUGCGAGACCUGCAGGACACCUCGACGCCUUCCUCGACGUCCGCCGGGUCCGCCAACUUUCACGGCAUCCCCGACUCGAACCGCAUCUCGCUCAUCUCGGUCCUCGAGAACCUGCACUACAACGUCGUCAAUCUCGGUAUUUGCGGCGACACGAUGGAGGAGACGAAGGCUAAGCUGAAGCGUGGAGCGGAGCAGGCGGAUGUGAUUGUCACGACUGGAGGGACGAGCAUGGGUGUCGGAGAUUUGCUCAAGCCGUGCAUCGAGCGCGAGCUGGGCGGGACUGUGCACUUUGGCAGGGUCGCCAUGAAGCCUGGCAAACCCACAACUUUCGCAACCCUCCCUGCGCACCCGAUGGCGCCGUCUCGCGACCCGACUCUCGUCUUCGCCCUUCCCGGCAACCCCGCUUCAGCACUCGUCACCUUCUUCCUCUUCGUCCUGCCUUCGUUGCGCAAGAUGGAAGGACGGAGGGAGGACGAGUGGGAACUGCCUCGCAUUCCCGUCACGCUCACCUCUACCGUCCCGCUCGACCCACGUCCCGAAUACCACCGCGUCCAAAUCCGCCCUACCUCCUCCGGCCUCAAAGCCUUCUCGACCGGUGGCCAGCGAUCGAGUCGGACUGUCAGUCUUGCCGGCGCCAACGGGCUGUUGGAGUUGCCGGCGAGCAAGGAGGGCGAUGUGGAGAGGAAGGAGGGAGAGGUGGUGCAGUGCGUGCUGAUUGGGGAAUUGGGACCGGCGGCGUGA